CUGGUGGUUUUUUUUAGUUUGGAUUAACUUUGUAAGAUAUUAAUCUUUUUGUUUAGGACUGACAUAUAGAUAAGUCCAAUCGGCAAAUCUUAACUGAUAUUCCUGAUAUCUACCUUUUUUUAUCUUUUACUUUCCCUUUUUUGUCUCCAUCCUUAUCUUGAACAGGAUGAUCUGUCUCUUAUUAUUUAUAUAAAGCAUAGUUCAGAGUCUUUGAUCAAAGAAGGUGACAAUGGCCAGUAAGAUCUCUUAUAUUAGUUGUGCUCUUUUAGUGGCUCUGUUUGUUGCUAAUUACAGUGGCUGUCAAGCAGCAAAAGAGGUUGGAAUUUAUGAAUUGAAGGAGGGUGAUUUCUCGAUCAAAUUCACUAACUUUGGUGCUUCUAUGAUUUCUCUUAUUUAUCCCGACAAACAUGGGAAGUUAGCUGAUAUUGUUCUUGGGUUUGACUCGGUUGAUACUUAUCAGAACGAUACAACCUACUUUGGGAAUAUUGUUGGACGUGUUGCCAACAGAAUUGGGAAAGCUCAAUUCACUUUAGAUGGAAAACUUUACAAAUUGGUCCCUAAUGAUCAUAAAGUCAACAUUUUACAUGGUGGUCCUAAGGGCUUUAGUGAAGUUGUAUGGACUGUCUACAGUUACAAAAAAGAUAGCCAUGUCACUUUCACUUAUGACAGUUUUGAUGGCGAGCAAGGUUUUCCUGGUGAUCUUUCAGUAUCAGUUACAUACUUCAUAAUUGGCACUAACAAAUUAAGUGUGAAAAUGAUAGCCAAACCCAAAAACAAACCUACCCCAGUAAACUUAGCACUCCACACUUACUGGAACCUUGCUGGGCACGAUAGUGGCACCAUCUUCAACCACACAAUCCAAAUCUUUGGUUCAAAAAUCACACCAGUCGAUGAAAACCUCAUCCCAACCGGCGAAAUUAAAGAUAUCAAAGGCACGCCCUACGAUUUCCUGAAUCCACGCACGAUAGGAAGCAGGUUCAAAGAGUUACCUGAUGGAUAUGACAUCAACUAUGUUGUAGAGGAUUUAAACCCGGGGCGCUUGAAGAAAGCUGCCGUUGUCGAAGAAAGUGUAUCCGGAAGGAAACUGGAGCUGUGGACUAAUAAACCUGGAGUGCAGUUUUAUACAAGUAAUAUGAUGGAUAAUGUUGAAGGUGGUAAACAUGGUGCUGUUUAUCAGAGAUAUGGUGGUCUUGCUUUGGAAACUCAAGGUUUUCCUGAUUCUGUUAAUCAUCCUAAUUUUCCUUCUCAGAUUGUUAGGCCAGGGGAGAUUUAUGAGCAUAUUAUGGUUUAUAGGUUCACUUCUUAAUACUGAGGUUUCUUCAUGUUUCAGAAAAUUUUGGACUUAUGACCAAAAUGGUUAUUCCCAUAACUCCUUUCUAUCUAUUUAGACUAAAAUCGAGUAGAGUACUUUCUUUUAGUUUACUUUGUAAUUUUGUUAGGAAAAGGAUUAAUUUUUACUGAUCAGUUGGUCCAA